AUGGGUCUACAAAUGGAAAGCAGACGAACCAGGCAAGAUAGUGAGGCCAAGGCUAGGUUUGUAGCGAAGGGCUUCAAGCAGAAGCAUGGUGUAGACUAUCUUGAGACUUUCUCGCCUACUGCAAAUGCUGCAUCGAUUCGUUUGCUGGUAGCAUUGGCGUGCAAGUAUAACUUGGAAUUACUCCACUUUGACAUUGACCAAGCGUUUGUUCAGUCGGAAUUGGAUCAUGAGGUGUUCAUAAAGUUGCCUCCUGACUGCGAGUCGAUGUCAGGAAAGCUCGUCCGUUUAGACAAGAGUUUGUGUGGACUGAGGCAGGCAUCUAAAACAUUUCAAAAGAGACUAGUGUCGGACCUGAAUAAAAUUGGUUUUGAGCAGUCUCUGUCUGACCCGUGUGUCCUUCGUUUCAUAAUGGGGGACGAGGUGAUGGGUAUGGUCGCGAUUCAUGUGGAUGACAUUCUGUAUGCAGGAAUUGAGAGGCUUGCCAAGAUGGUUGUGGAAGCGCUAGGUGACUCACUUCCCACGAAGAAUUUGGGCGAGGUCAAGUUCUUUCUUGGUUGCCGGCCCGUGAUGGAGGAUGAGGAGGCAGGGGAUGUGCCGUUCCGAGAGGUGUUGGGGAGCCUGAUGUGGAUCGCCAACCAGACGAGGCCCGACAUCUCAAAUGCUGUGCUUGCAGUGGCGAGGCACUCUCAUGAGCAAAAGAAAAGCCACUGGAAGGCGGCCCAGAAGAUUCUGAAUUAUCUUCUGGAGACGGCACAUCAAACUUUGAAGUACAAGUAGGAUGAUACGGUAGGCGUAGGCACGUUGGUGUACGUAGAUGCUGACUUCGCCAGCAAGGCCACUGACCGUAGAUCAGUUUUGGGAGCGUUAGUUCUUGUAGCUGUCUUAUUGCUUGGAUUUCUAGGACACAGGAAUGUGCUUCAUUGUCGAUGUCUGAAGCAGAGUAUAUUGCGAUGGGCGAUGGUGUGAAGGAAGCUCUGUUUGUGAACGGAAUGCUAGAGUUUUAAGGCCUAGUGAGAAACUUGGUAAGGUUCAGGUACUUGAGGACAGCGAGGGUGCGAUUGCGCUUGCUGAGAAUUCCUUUGGCUCGUGUAACAGUAAGCACAUUGACGUGAGGCACCAUUUUCUUAGGAAUUUGACAGAGGAGGGAGUGUUGGGAGUCAGCGCUGACUAUGCUGAGAAUCCCCUUAGCUCGUGCAACAGUAAGCACAUUGACGUGAGGCACCAUUUUCUUAGGAAUUUGACAGAGGAGGUAGUGUUGGCAGUCAGCCGUCAUUGACAGAGGAGGGAGUUGUUGGCAGUCACCCGUCUACACUAAAUAAUUUAUUCGGCCCUCGACUUCGUCGUUACGAGCCGUUGACGAUACUCUUACCCCAAGGCAUUGUGGUCGAAAUCGGUCUGCUGUUGUACUGAGAUACAUUCCACUAUUGUAUUCUGGGUGAUCCGUAUAGUCUCCCCAAACAAGAGAGGUGAAUGUACCCGUGCUGUCAAUAGCUUGACGGAAGUUGUUAAGAGCAGAUCUGAUCCAACAUCCUCCAGCCGUGUUUGUGCUGUUUGAUGGCAUGUAAAAUUGAGAUUUGAGCCAUGCUGCGACGCUAAGACCCCUGAAUUGAUGAGGAUAGAUGGUCGGUUCGAAAUUUCCACCAAAAGGGUCCUUUAGGAUUUGGAAAUAGCGUGAAACAGAAGGGGAUGCCUUCAUCCCUCGCCUUGAAAGAGUAGCAGGUCGCUUGACAGUUUUCCUGUAAGCAGUCUUCUUUGCCGGGGUUCUACGUGCGGUAGUUGCUUUGCAUUUUUGUGCCGGCAUUGUAUUGUUCCUUGUUAUUACUAUACAUUUUAAAUCAUAAUUAUAUGAAUAUUUAAAGCAAAGAGUUAAGCGGCCGGGUUGGCGAUGAAUUUAAGAUAGAAC